AUGCGGCCUCAAACAAUCCAGACUUUCCUUGAUUACCACCAUUCGUCCGCCUUCGCCAGCGGGGAGAUUACGGCGGGAACACUUAAAUUCUGUCGGAUAGCUCCCGACCGCCAACCGGUGCAAAUCGAAGACGUGCGCGGGAGAAAAGAAGAAUUCCGUCUGGACGAGCAUGGGUUUCAGUUUCUACGACACGAAAGUCCCAGUUUCGCGUCUUUUCGAGACGAAGACCUAAGUACCGUGCAGCAGGAAUCGGUGGAAAUUCUCCAACGAUUGCGCAAGCAGCGUGCAAAUAUUCUCGACCUUGAUCCGCAAUCAGACGGACAAAGAAUUAUCCAAAUUGAUCGAUUCCUCCGAACCCGAUUCUUCCGUAGUUCCGUUUAA